UUGUCAAAAUGAGAUAAACAUGUUUUAAAGAGUAAAACAAACAUGAUUGAAUUCAAACACGAACACACACACACACACACACACACACACACACACACACACACUUAUAUUUCCCACAAAAACUAUAUAAAUUUAGUUUUUUACUGAUAACUAAGUAUAAGCUGUAGGCCCGGAUGUGCGAUAUACAGUGUUACUGCGUCGGCCGUCUGGUAGAUGACACAGGCCUGCCUCAGGGUGUAUCUGGCGGUAACAAGAACAAAGUAAGGGUGCAUGAAUUCAAAAGGAGGGAGUAUGGCGUUGACGUAAAAGAAGGUGUAGAAGAUAAUCGCAGGAUAAUGAAAGGAUAUUUAGACCAAUCACGGGAACCACAACCAGAACCGCCAAAAAAUAACUCAUUGAUCCCGUACCCGCAGCCGCCUCUCAGCGUAGAGCUGCGUAGCGGUGUCCUGUACAGUGGCUGUCAGUGUGUCAAGAGAGAUGGGCUGCAGCAUGAUUGUCCAAGAACAGGAUGCCAAGGGAAGGCCUCUUGCAUGGCGUUCCCCGCCCCCAAGUGUGGCCCCAGCGGUAACGCCCCCCAGCAAGAAGCGGUGCAGGAGGGGGGCUGCGCCCCUGAUGACUACCGGGCUCACCCUGAACGACAGCUAAAAGGCCGUCAAACUCCUCAUCACAAGAACGAUGGGUACAUCCGCAUGGGCAAACAAGGGUAUCGUGAGAAUCCGCCUGCAAAGUCCAGGAGGGUUCCUUGCAAAGAGCACAGGAAGCCUCGAGUAUGAAGUGUAAUAAAGCUACUCCCUACAGCAAUUAA